AUGUCGAGCCAAAAAGUCCUCCCCGGCGCAACGGGAGAAACAGGCGCUCUAUCCUUAAUAGCUUUCCCGAAUCUGGCGUAUUCAGGAGUGAAGAUCCUCAUCGCUGAUAUUUCCUCCCCUAUCGAAGAGCUGGCAACAUUAUUGAAAGGCGUUUAUGUAUUCAUCAGCGCUAUCUCAAGGAUGGCGUUGAUGGAGCAAGUGAGUGUUGUCAUGGCAGCGAAAGAAGCAGGUGUCAAGCGCUUUGUUCCCUGUGGAUUCGCUACAGUUUGUCCAGCAGGAGGUGUGAAUCGUGUGAUGAGGCUACGUGACCAAGCAUCUGUUCUACGAUACCCAUUUACCGACGUUGGCUAUUGGUACCCAUUCUCCUUCCCCCAUCUACCAUCGGGCAAGAUCGAUGAUUUCACCUUCCCUAAGAUGUACUCGAAGAUGCGUGGAGAUGGCACCGCGCUUAAUUUGAUCACUGAUUUACGGGAUGUCGGAGAUUUCGUCGCAAGGAUUGUUGGUGAUGGGCGGACUUUGAACAAAUAUGAUAUUUAUGGCAGUAUGGAAGAUGUCUCUGGUGAGAAGCUGGAGAGGAAAUUUCAAAGAUCUCAGGGCAAAGAAAUGGAGGAAGAAGUGCUCGAGGCGAGGAAGUUGUUUAAGGAGGAGCUGGAGAAUCGAAAGGCUUUGGGCAGGGUUGUGAGCGCGGAGUAUGAGUUUAGCAAAUAUGUGCGUAUGGAUAAUCGGGCUGUAUUUGCGAGGUAUCUUGGGUAUUUGGAUGCAAGGGAGGCGUAUCCUGAUUUUCAGCCGAGGAAGUUUAGGGUUUUGUAA